UGGCUUUUGAAGGUUUUGAGGGCCCGCCUAGGUAAUUAGCACAAUUUACAUUAGUAUAAUGACAGAGUUCCAAGCAGCCACCUUGCAAAUGGGCCCUGAGAGUUCAGUUUGUCUGUAAUGGAGAUACCGCAGGCCACGAUCCUUGGCUUUGUGAGCAGUUUACAAUUUAGCCAGAUUUAGUUUCCCCCCCUAAAAACUCUUUUAAUCACAGAGCGAAAAAACGGUGCCGCAACAUGUGACAGCAAAUGUUUUAAAGCGCGGGACGUUUGGUCCCCCAUAAUUUUGUCAUAAGAUUGUCCAAGCGUUUCUUUGAAAGCUAGAUGACACUGCCAGUAAACGCCGAAAUAGUAGCUGUCGCUUGAACCGAGCGGUGUUACUCUAGGGUGGGGGUGGGACCCAUUCUCGCGCGCCUUCUGCGCCGGCCGGGGGCUUGUUCACGAACACUGAGGGGUCUGGCCUCCGCGGGGCGGGGCCGCCGGGAGGCGGGGCGAGCCGGGCGCGGGGCCGCUGGGACUGCGCUAGUGCGCAUGCGCAGACGUCCUUCUCCGCGCCGGCUGACCCCUUGUUUCCGCCGUUGGCCGAAACACUGCGAAGGUCGUUACCCGAGUGCUACCGGUCGCCGACAUGGCUGAGGAAAAAGAUUGCCUGAGGGGAGACGUAGAGAUGGGUGAGGAGCCGGUGGUGACCAUUACCGGUGGUGCGUACUCUGGGAAGCAGGCGGCGGAGAAGGAGCCGAUGAAGGUGGAAGCGGCGGCGGGGGCUGAUGCCUGCUCUGAAGACCUUAGCUGUGGGGACGCCGACAUCGACCCAAGCCUGCUGGAGCUGGUGGAUGAGGAGAAAUGCCGGAGUAUCCGCAAGCAGUACCGGCAGCUCAUCUAUAACGUCCAGCAGAACCGUGAUGACAUAGUGAACACGGCGAGCGAGUCCUUAACCGAGGCUCUCGAAGAAGCCAAUGUCCUGUUUGAUGCAGUGAGUCGAACGAGAGAAGCGGCCCUCGACGCUCAGUUUCUUGUUUUGGCUUCUGAUUUGGGUAAAGAAAAAGCAAAGCAGCUAAACUCUGACAUGAGCCUUUUUAAUCAAGUGGCAUUUUGUGAUUUUCUGCUUAUAUUUGUGGGUCUAAACUGGAUGGAAGAUGAUGGACGUGAUGCGCUGAGUGACUGUGAUGAUAAUAUAGCUUGCUCUUUUUGGGAGACCGUACAAAAGGAAGCAACGUCGUGGAUGCUGCAAGCUGAAACAUUCCACUUUAUUUUCGGUUCGUUCAAAUCAGAGACUUCCGCGCGGAAGCCCCGACUUGAGCACCGGAAAAAAGUUCACAGAAUGGAAGAAAACGGGGAUAUGCCUACAAAGCUGAGGAAGCUGGACCUGAGUAGUAAUCAAGAAGCGACUGAAAAAGAAGUAGAAAGAAUCUUGGGAUUGUUGCAAACGUACUUUCGAAAGUAUCCUGAUACUCCCGUGUCCUAUUUUGAGUUUGUGAUUGACCCAAACUCUUUCUCUCGUACCGUGGAGAAUAUAUUUUAUGUUUCUUUCAUUGUAAGGGAUGGUUUUGCAAGAAUAAGGCUUGACCAAGACAGGCUGCCAAUAUUGGAGCCCAUUAAUAUUAACCAUGUGGGUGAGGGGAAUGAUUCCAGUUCCCAUGGCAGGAAACAAGGAGUUAUAUCUUUGAGUUUACAGGACUGGAAAAAUAUUGUGGCAACAUUUGAAAUUUCAGAGGCCAUGAUCAGAAACUCGUACUAAAGAUUUUUGUUCUUAGUGUAGGAGACAUUUUGUGGUUUUUCUUAAGCAUCUCAAAAUGGAGAGUAAAAUCCAAACAGAAGCACAUAUUGUAUCUCUUGUAAAGUGAAAAAGUAUUUUCAAGAACAUCAGAAAUUGUUUUACUGUGCAGUGUAUUUUUCUUGAUAGUUUAUAAAGUUGUCAUGAUUUUCUGUUGCUAAAAAAAAUUCACUGGCAUGUUCAUGGGAAAGUUUUUUUGAAUGCUCCUUAAGACUUUAAUAAUAAAAGUUCUGAAUUCCAUAAAUUAAAAGGUAUUUGAUAAUUUUCCAAAAAAAAAUUAGUUAUGGUGCUCUGUGAUACUUACUGCCUUGCUUCCUCUGCUCCAGGGAACCACAGGAAUCCCAGAUGGGGCUCUUGACCAGGUUGGGGGGAAGAGUGGGUGGAAAAAAUGGUCAAGGAAGACUAUCUGUAGGGCAGAGCCUAAGUGACGUUAAUACUGUUAAAAAAAAAAAAAUUCAGAUGCCAUGCUUUAUUGCAAAGAAGACUCAGUUAUAUUAAUGAGUGGGUAUCCAUAUUCUAAAUAAUUUCUCCUGUGAUUGGACUCAACAAAAGAAUAUCUCUACUGUAGUAGGUGAGCCAUCAACUAAAUGCUGAAAGGUGAGUAGGAAUUGGUCAAAGGUAAGGAAGGUAGUCUCGCAGAGAAAUAUGGAGGCCAAAUGCAUGGAAUUGUGAGAAGUUAUGGCUCCAGAGAGACCUGUAAGAUUUUUUGGAAGACUACUCCAUUUGAAUGUUAUCCUGGGCAAAAAUUGGCAUACCUCAUCUGUUAGUGUCCUCAGGAGUAGAAGGUAACCUUUGCCAGAUUAUUUCAAACACAAAAUCUUUUAACAUCCAGUUACAUAGUCUUUAUGUACUUGCUUCAUUUCUUCUCUGGCCCCUAGCUUCCCUUUGUAAUUUCUGCUGAUACAGAGUGUCCCUCAGAAUCAGUGAUGUUUCAUCAUGUUAACAGCUUUGAAUAUUUGUUCCCAACUCCAUUUUGAUUUCUUAAGUAGGGCUUUAAAUGCCUGGAAACUUCCUGUUUAAACUGAGAUAUAUGAUUAAUUAAUCCAAGUUUUCUUCAUUUUCUUCACUUAGGAUAAAGCCAUAAAGGCUUUUUAGUGUUGUUGCUUGUAAUUGUUUUAAGAAUAUAAAUUACCACCUUAUUUGGACGCUACUGCUGAAAAUUUGGGUCUUUAAGAAAACAAGUUUUGAAGGUGCAGUGAGCAUGCCUAUGCUUUCCUUGAUCCCUAUAGAAACUAAAUCUUUGGUAGCAGGGGGUCUUGCCAUUAAAUCUUAUUUGGCAAGUGGAUAAGUAUCUGCUUGGUAUGGCAGUAAUGAUAAACUUUCCCACUAAGUCUAAAUGUAGUACAGGGAAGGGAAAUCCAAAGACUAAAUGAAUGACUUUGAGAUCAAGAGAAGAUUGAGAUUGAGAGGUUCUUCAGUAAUAAUGGAGGUUUUUAGCAAAAACAAAUUUCUCAUGAAACUGGGCCAAUUAUUUUCUAAAGUAGUCAAUUUUUCCCCUUUUUUAUAUGAAGGGAUGCUCACCCUUCCCAGUGUCUGCCACCCUUUGAUCUAGCGAUUGUGGAAGCAUCAUUUGGUCUCUGAUCCUCCCUUUAGCAUGCCUCUACCAACCGGGUUCCUUAGGUUUUCCAGAGCUUUGCUGUUUGGGGAAAAGAUAAUCUUAGUGAUAGCAAAAAGAUCUUGCCUCAGGUCU